AUGAAAUUCUACCAGAUCUGGAUUGGUGCAUUACCACUGAAACGGAACUGUUGUAACUACUCACUGGGUCUUCAGGGCUCCCAGCUGUGCCCCAGCGAAGAUGGUGGUUGUACAGAGAACUGUGAAGCAGGAAAAGAGGAUUACUUUCUGGCUUCUUUAAAUAUUGAUCUGAAUUACCACGAGCUACAGCCAAGGAUACCACAAUGUAUCCUAGCUUUGUACAAAAAUCGGAUAAUAUCUGGGAAAUCUACUCUGACAGCAGAAAAUUUCGGUAUAGAAAGUGGCGAACGCGUACCAACUGAGCAAAAAACACGUCUAGAAUCAGGCCAAGACCAAAAACUGAAAUGUCAGUUGCUUGCCUUAGAAGCUGCAGAGACCAAGGAAAGUGAUCCAAUGCUGAAGAUGCAAAUAACAGAGGAGAUAGGCCAGGGCCCUGGCCGUGGGGCUUACUGGGCAGUCGAGCCAAGGGAGCGUCAGAAUCUAUUAGGUGCUGUUAAAAGAAAUCCUUGGAGUGUGAACUUCAAUCGUGAAAGAUCGGUCAUCCGUCAACUUCCAUGCAAUGCAAUUACUGACUCAGGUGCCGUAAUCGGGAAUGGUACUUUUAGUAGAAAUGAUGGCACUAGUCAGCUGCCCGGCCUUAAUCUCUCCCAGAAUACGCCAGAAGCAAUGUUGAGGUCAUCUGGAAUCGGAAUGUGUAAUCUGACACUGCCAAGUAAUCGCUCGAGCACGGGUUCUUUUGCAUUAUUGGACAGUAAUGCCGGUGCUAAAAGUGAUCCUGAAAUCCUCAAUCGUAUUACUCACGACUCUUCUCGAGGGCUUCUCCAAACGAGCGAUGUCUCUUCCAACAUCAUUUCUGUUGGCACCGUUGAUGGCAUUUGUUUUACAAGUCCUUCCCCUCGACCGAGUUCGUUAGUUAUUGAACAACCAAAAGAACUCAGCGAGCCCUCCUGGUCUACGGAAGAGGAAGAGAAGUACCAAAGCAUGUUGCGCCUGCUGCUUGAGUCGACUGACGAUGUGGUCACUUCAAAAUCACCCAGCGCUUGCUCGAAGGCGGGAUCUUCUAACAACAUUGUUUACUCACCGCGGCUUCCACCGAAGGAUGGAAAUCGUUAUGGCAUGUGCAACGACUGUAAGGAGAAUAAGGCCCCCACCUGUCGCUCAUGCCAACUACGCAUGUUACAGUCUCAAGGUGUGUCCAGCUCCCGCAGCACUCUGAGCCUUCUAUCUAAACUGAAACUACUCCACUGCAACUUAACCGAUGGAGCACUGGAAGAAUUGAUCGAUGUACUGGACUCCGACCAAGAGCAGGGUCCAGCUGGUGGACCAGCGGUCCGGCGAACCGCUGUCAAGCCCGAAGAAACUGCGGGUGCUCACAGUGGUGAACAAAGUCCUGCCAACGGGGGUAGCAGUGAAAGCGGUGAGGUCUUCAUUACUCCAGCUCCCCAUUUGGAUCACGAGUAUGCCCACUGUCAAAAACAGCUGCGUCGCCCUGAAGAUUCGCGCGUUGUGGAGCUCUACAACUCCCGCUAUCGCAAGAGCAGACUCCAGUUUCUACGGAGUCUUGCUGAAAACCGUCUAAGCCAUUCGACUUCGCGGCUCUCCAUGCGCCAUCUCUCGUCUUCCCAUAAUAUUCAUAAUGAAUUUGGUUUUGGUGGUGAAGAACCCGAUUCGGAGAAUUCAGUGUCAAUGCUUGAAGAGACCCCCCAAGGCAACUCUGACUACGACUCUGAUGUGACUCCGGAAAUGGCAAUGUAUAAAAACGGGACUUUAGACUAUACACGGUUUCACGGCGAACGUUUGCGUACACAGGCACUUAGACGCGCGGAUACAAUUGAAGAUUACGAUUCCAUGACGAUAAAUCGCCCUAUGCGACGAAAAAGGGGCCGUCCUGGUUUUAAAGGCAAGGCGUCUGGUCGUUAUUCUAAUAAAUCGAUUCGCCGCUCGUCCCGCGCAAUGCGUGCACCGAAA